UGUGCCGCACGCAAAACGUCGCUCUUUUCUUUUUUGUUUUAAAUUGGUUCGAAGGUCACCGCGUGCGAUGAUUCGAAAAGUAAACGAAUCGAAAGAAAGUGGUCGAAUUUAGACGUCCGGCUCGGUAUUUAUCGAAAAACCCCGAGGAAGAGCUUGGAAGGGGCGUCGAAAACGUUAGCAGAAGUAUUAUACGUACACUCCGGUUAUGAGGUUGUAAGUAAGAGUUAUUUUUAGUACAUUCCGGUGUAUGGAGAAGAAUAAAUUGUUUAAUAAAUUAAAAAUGAUCAAAUUUUGAUUAAAAAAAAGAUCUUUCGUAUAUUUAUACAUUGAAAUACACAUUGUAAUCACUUCGAGACUCAUCUAUACAGUUAAAAGUACUAACUGAUAACAUUAAAUAGAACUUUAAACAGAAAUGUUUCAGAAAUAUAAAAGCAAACUGUAUUGGUUAAUUUGUAUUUGGUGGAGUUUUCAGUAUUUCAGUACCUUUUGUUCCAGUCAGGAAACUGCUAAACAUGUUCAUGUUUGUGGAAGAACAAAUCAUAAUAAGUCAACUGGGGAGUUAAUGCCUCAUAAUGGACAAAUACCACCAAAUCAUAAAUGUUUGUGGCAUAUUUAUCCAGAAUCUUAUCGUAUGAAUGAAGUGUUUUUAGUUUUUGAAACAUUUAAUUUAACUUCAAGUGAUAAAUGUACAGUAAGUGAACGUGAUGGAGCAUUGUUGUUUGGUCCAUUUUCAGGGAAUAGAAGUAUUUUUACAAUAUUGACGGGAAAGUUGGUGCUUGAUGUUUCUGUAAGUACAGUAUCUAAUCCAUCCUCUCUCAGGAAUUUCAAGGCAUAUUUCUCAGCACUAGGUAAUAAUGAAUCUCUAAAUGUUUGUAGAAAAAUUUUUAAUUAUAAAUUUGAAUUUGUUCUAUAAUAUUUAGUUCAGUUU